AUGGUAAACCCUGACUUUGAAGUUACGAUUCCAAAGUCGGAGAAUGAAGAUCUCCCUGAAGCUGAUAUUAUAAAUGUAAUGCCAUUCGAACUCGACUACACUGGACCUACUGAUUCUGUCCAGAAAUUCCUUCCUUCUGAUUCCAAUUAUGAUAUUUUAUUUCGAGGAAAACAUAUCGAAGCUCACAAGAUUGCCGUCCCAGACGAAUUAAAGAUGGUUGUUUGUAAUAAAGGUAAGGUUAAAAAAAAUUAAAGCGCGGGUCCUUUAGAGGAUGACAAAACUUACACUGUCGAAUCUGUUUCAAAGGAAUUUAUUGUUUGGGAGAAUCGCGGAGAAAAUGAAUACAAGAAUGCGAUGGAGUCGGCUUUAAAUACUUAUCGACUUAUGCGGGAUUGUGCUGUCGCCGAUGACUAA